AUUGGCUUUAGUAUAUAAAGUUGUUUGCAGGAAUAUCAAAUCAGUGCAAUCCAAAUCUGUAACUGAAUAGUACCUGAUUAUCUAGCGACAACAAUAUGAUCGCUCAAGUAGUCCUCGUAUUCAGUCUGAUGGCUUUGGCCAAUGCUGGUCAUCUUCUUGGAUACCAUGGUUUUGGAGGUCUAGGAGGUCUUGGUGGUGGACUUGGAGGUGGAGUCGGAGAAGGAGCAGGCGGUGGAGUUGGAUACGGUCAUGGACAUGUUGUUGACUUUUAUGCCCCACCUCACUACGAGUACAAAUACGCCGUCCAUAGUCCCCAUACGCAUGACGUAAAAGAGCAACAUGAAGUCAGAGUAGGGGACGAUACCCACAGCGAAUUGGCUUGGGGUGAACAUGACAGACAUGCUGAAGUACACAGGGUGAUUCACCAUCCUGUUCCAGUGGUGAUUUCCCAUCAUCAUGGUCACUGAUGGGGACAGAGAAUACAUACUGCGGUGUGCUAGGCUAUUGUUAUGAUGCUGUUAUGAGAAUUUUUGUAUGUAUAUAUUGUUAUAGUCAUGUUAUCAAUUGCUCAACUCUUAAUAAAAAAGGGAAACUAAUGCUCUCAG